AUGGAAUACUCGCAGGAGCAACUGAACUUCUUCAGACUCUGUUGUGUAGUAUUUGAUUUGGUUCCAGAAGGCCUGCGGCAAAUUUUCAAAAACGAGUGGGACUUUCUUUACAAGACGACACUCGGAGAAUGGAAAGACACGGCACAAAAUGGUCUUGAUUUCUACAACAAAGAAUCGAGAUCAAGUCACAGGAGAAAUGGCCGACUGCUUGCGACAAUACAAAAUGGUAACACGGCCCAGUGGGACUGCACCUGUUUGUUUUUUGCCAUCCUGUACUCAGACAGUAUUGGUACCACCUUAAGUCGAGCUGUCCAGAAAGAGGUCGAUGAUAUUCGUCAAGUGCGAAACGGGAUCGCCCAUAUCACUGAGGGAAAACUGGCAGAUGCUGAUUUUCAAACUUCUGUAGAUAGAGUGUUGAACGCUUUUACAUCCCUUGGUCUUACCAUUACUGAAGUCCAAGAAAUAAAGAACCAGACGAGCUUUCCAACGACAGAAGUGGAAAAACUUAAGAAGCAAGCCCGUGAUCUCCAGGCUGAGUUAAAACAGACAAAAUGUGACUUGAAGGAAAAGGAAAGCAGACUUCAGUGUACAGAAGCUGAUCUGGUUUCUACAAAAGAAGAAAACAGGGCUCUCACUCAGGAAAUAAAUGCGAAACUUCAGCCAUUUUGCUUUCUCACAUCGCGUCCCCCACACGAUAUCAUCAAGCGUUCGCAUGACAUUGAAAGAGUUACAAACAAAAUGGAGGAACUUUACAAUGGUGCUAACGGAGCAGUUAGUACUGUGUAUUUGUCAGGAAUACCAGGAUGUGGUAAGAGUCAACUUGCUCGGGAAAUCGGACAGCAGUUUUAUUCUGAACGAAACGAUGACGUUAAAGAAUUGAUCUUUGUUGCGACACUGAACACUGAAAGCGUUGAAACACUUGCUGACUCUUACCUUACCCUUGCCAAACACUUACAGAUGACUGAUUACGCCUUGAAAGAGUUAGAAUCUUUAAAAAGUGAAAAGCCUCUUGAAGCGAUUCAGCAGCUCCAUCGGUUCAUCAUACCGAAAGCCAGCAAGUUUACCAAAUGGCUUAUUAUUGUGGACAAUGUAAUUGACUUGCGUUUAGUCCGUGAAUUGCUGCCUCAAACAGGCAGCGUGGAAUGGGGCCAUGGUCAAGUCUUGAUUACCACUCAAGAUAGUGGAAUAAUUCCUCAAAACGCUCCUCAUACGUAUCAUGAAUCUUUAAGUAAAGGAAUGAAGUUAGAUGAGGCGGUGAAACUGCUGGAAACACUAACGCAAAUUUCAGAGCGAGGACAAGAAGAACUUGUCGCAGAACUUGUCGAUUUUCAGCCACUGGCCUUAGCUGCCGCUGCUUAUUACGUGCAAACUGUUGUAAACAGUGGGUCUUUAAAUUAUGAUUGGAAAGCGUACCUCGACGACGUAUCAACAUACGGCCAAAGAAAUGAGAUUGAAAGUGUCCUUGCGACUGAGAGUUCAGCAUAUUCUAAAACAACAAUGGCCGCUGUAGAAAUGGCCAUCAAGAGAGCUGCUGACGUUGACGAGGUUCUUCGUGAGACAUUUUCUUUUCUUUCUCUUUGCGCUAGCGACGAUCUCCCCCUCGAAACUGUUUCAAAGUUCGUCAAAGCCCAAGUAAAAGACCAGCCAGAGGCGUUAAUAAAGGCAAAGAUUGUAAAGUCUUCUUUACUUCUUGUUUAUUCCGAAGAAGGAAAUAAACCACUAACUUAUUUGCGCUUGCAUAAAAUUGUGCAUGAAGCUUUGAAGCAAGCCAAAAUGUUAGACUUAAAAUCAUGGGAGAAUGACAAGUAUUUGGCAGAAGCGGUUAAGAUUUUCAAGUCUCAACUUGAAGGAAAUGACGAAAAUUUUGCGUUUUGUAGAAAACUGAGGCCCCAUUGUGAAUCUUUACUUAAUCACAUGACGUCAGAGUUCACUUUGGAUCAAUGCACCUUCAAAGAACGGCUUACACCCUUUCUAGAUUUGGAUAUUGUUAUCGAUUGGCUGAGUACAAUUGCCCGUGUCUGUCUUGACAAUUCUUCUUUCUUCUUCGCGACAAAUGUGGUCAGAUUAGCAUCCAACCUGUUGGAGGGCAUAGACGAAACUAAUUUACGUACAUUAACUCGAAAAGCGAGAAUUUUCAACAUAAGUGGUUUAGUAUACCUGACGCUGGGAAAACACAAUCAAGCAAAAGAACUUCACGAAAAAGCACUUGUGAUUGGCAAAAAGAUUUUUGGUGAAGACCAUGCCGAUGUAGCAACAAGUUAUAACAACUUGGCAUCAGUGUACGACAGCCUGGGAGAAUACCAUCAAGCCAAAGAACUUCACGAAAAAGCACUUGUGAUUCGCAAAAAGAUUUUUGGUGAAGAUCAUGCCUCGGUAGCAACAAGUUAUAACAACUUGGCAUCAGUGUACAACAGCCUGGGAGAAUACCAUCAAGCCAAAGAACUUCACGAAAAAGCGCUUGUGAUUCACAAAAAGAUUUUUGGUGAAGAUGAUGCCUCGGUAGCAACAAGUUAUAACAACUUGGCAUCAGUGUACGGCAGCCUAGGAGAAUACAAUCAAGCCAAAGAACUUUACGAAAGAGCACUUGUGAUUUGCAAAAAGAUUUUUGGUGAAGAUCAUGCUUGGGUAGCAACAAGUUAUGACAACUUGGCAUCAGUGUACAACAGCCUGGGAGAAUACAAUCAAGCCAAAGAACUUCACGAAAAAGCACUUGUGAUUCGCAAAAAGAUUUUUGGUGAAGAUCAUGCCAAUGUAACAACAAGUUAUAACAACUUGGCAUCAGUGUACAACAGCCUAGGAGAAUACAAUCAAGCCAAAGAACUUCACGAAAAAGCACUUGUGAUUGACAAAAAGAUUUUUGGUGAAGAUCAUGCUUCGGUAGCAACAAGUUAUAACAACUUGGCAUCAGUGUACAAAAGACUGGGAGAAUACAAUCAAGCCAAAGAACUUCACGAAAAAGCGCUUGUGAUUCGCAAAAAGAUUUUUGGUGAAGAUCAUGCCUCGGUAGCAACAAGUUAUAACAACUUGGCAUCAGCGUACAACAGCCUGGGAGAAUACAAUCAAGCUAAAGAACUUCACGAAAAAGCACUUGUGAUUUGGAAAAAGAUUUUUGGUGAAAAUCAUGCCGAUGUAGCAACAAGUUAUGACAACUUGGCAUCAGUGUACAACAGCCUGGGAGAAUACAAUCAAGCCAAAGAACUUCACGAAAAAGCACUUGUGAUUCGCAAAAAGAUUUUUGGUGAAGAUCAUGCCUCGGUAGCAACAAGUUAUAACAACUUGGCAUCAGUGUACAACAGCCUGGGAGAAUACAAUCAAGCCAAAGAACUUCACGAAAAAGCACUUGUGAUUGGCAAAAAGAUUUUUGGUGAAGAUCAUGCCAAUGUAGCAACAAGUUAUAACAACUUGGCAUCAGUGUACAACAGCCUGGGAGAAUACAAUCAAGCCAAAGAACUUCGCGAAAAAGCGCUUGUGAUUCGCAAAAACAUUUUUGGUGAAGAUCAUGCCUGGGUAGCAACAAGUUAUAACAACUUGGCAUCAGUGUACGACAGCCUGGGAGAAUACAAUCAAGCCAAAGAACUUCACGAAAAAGCACUUGUGAUUCGCAAAAAGAUUUUUGGUGAAGAUCAUGCCUCGGUAGCAACAAGUUAUAACAACUUGGCAUUAGUGUACCACAGACUGGGAAAAUACAAUCAAGCCAAAGAACUUCACGAAAAAGCACUUGUCAUUCGCAAAAAGAUUUUUGGUGAAGAUCAUGCCUCGGUAGCAACAACUUAUAACAACUUGGCAUUAGUGUACCACAGCCUGGGAGAAUACAAUCGAGCCAAAGAACUUCACGAAAAAGCACUUCUGAUUCGCAAAAAGAUUUUUGGUGAAGAUCAUGCCUGGGUAGCAACAAGUUAUAACAACUUGGCAUCAGUGUACGACAGCAUGGGAGAAUACAAUCAAGCAAAAGAACUUCACGAAAAAGCACUUGUGAUUGGCAAAAAGAUUUUUGGUGAAGAUCAUGCCGAUGUAGCAACAAGUUAUAACAACUUGGCAUCAGUGUACAACAGCCUGGGAGAAUACCAUCAAGCCAAAGAACUUCACGAAAAAGCGCUUGUGAUUCGCAAAAAGAUUUUUGGUGAAGAUGAUGGCUCGGUAGCAACAAGUUAUAACAACUUGGCAUUAGUGUACAACAGGCUGGGAGAAUACAAUCAAGCCAAAGAACUUCACGAAAAAGCACUUGUGAUUCGCAAAAAUGUUUUUGGUGAAGAGCAUGCCGAUGUAGCAACAAGUUAUGACAACUUGGCAUCAGUGUACCACAGCCUGGGAGAAUACAAUCAAGCCAAAGAACUUUACGAAAAAGCACUUGUGAUUGGCAAAAAGAUUUUUGGUGAAGAUCAUGCCGAUGUAGCAACAAGUUAUAACAACUUGGCAUCAGUGUACGGCAGCCUAGGAGAAUACAAUCAAGCCAAAGAACUUUACGAAAGAGCACUUGUGAUUUGCAAAAAGAUUUUUGGUGAAGGUCAUGCCGAUGUAGCCACAAGUUAUGACAACUUGGCAUCAGUGUACAACAGCCUGGGAGAAUACAUUCAAGCCAAAGAACUUCACGAAAAAGCACUUGUGAUUCGCAAAAAGAUUUUUGGUGAAGAUCAUGCCUCGGUAGCAACAAGUUAUAACAACUUGGCAUCAGUGUACAACAGCCUGGGAGAAUACAAUCAAGCCAAAGAACUUCACGAAAAAGCACUUGUGAUUUGGAAAAAGAUUUUUGGUGAAGAUCAUGCCAAUGUAGCAAAACGUUAUGACAGCUUGGCAUCAGUGUACAACAGCCUGGGAGAAUACAAUCAAGGCAAACAACUUCACGAAAAAGCACUUGUGAUUCGCAAAAAGAUUUUUGGUGAAGAUCAUGCCUCGGUAGCAACAAGUUAUAACAACUUGGCAUCAGUGUACGACAGCCUGGGAAAAUACAAUCAAGCCAAAGAACUUCACGAAAAAGCACUUGUGAUUCGCAAAAAGAUUUUUGGUGAAGAUCAUGCCUCGGUAGCAACAAGUUAUAACAACUUGGCAUCAGUGUACGACAGCCUGGGAAAAUACAAUCAAGCCAAAGAACUUCACGAAAAAACACUUGUGAUUGACAAAAAGAUUUUUGGUGAAGAUCAUGUCUCGGUAGCAACAAGUUAUAACAACUUGGCAUCAGCGUACAAAACCCUGGGAGAAUACAAUCAAGCCAAAGAACUUCACGAAAAAGCACUUGUGAUUUGGAAAAAGAUUUUUGGUGAAGAUCAUGCCGAUGUAGCAACAAGUUAUGACAACUUGGCAUCAGUGUACAACAGCCUGGGAGAAUACAAUCAAGCCAAAGAACUUCACGAAAAAGCACUUGUGAUUCGCAAAAAGAUUUUUGGUGAAGAUCAUCCCUCGGUAGGAACAAGUUAUAACUACUUGGCAUCAGUGUACAACAGCCUAGGACAAUACAAUCAAGCCAAAGAACUUCACGAAAAAGCACUUGUGAUUUGGAAAAAGAUUUUUGGUGAACAUCAUGCCAAUGUAGCAACAAGUUAUGACAACUUGGCAUCAGUGUACAACAGCCUGGGAGAAUACAAUCAAGCCAAAGAACUUCGCGAAAAAGCGCUUGUGAUUCGCAAAAAGAUUUUUGGUGAAGAUCAUGCCUGGGUAGCAACAAGUUAUAACAACUUGGCAUCAGUGUACGACAGCCUGGGAGAAUACAAUCAAGCCAAAGAACUUCACGAAAAAGCACUUGUAAUUCGCAAAAAGAUGUUUGGUGAAGAUCAUGCCUCGGUAGCAACAAGUUAUAACAACUUGGCAUCAGUGUACCACAGCCUAGGAGAAUACAAUCAAGCCAAAGAACUUCACGAAAAAGCACUUGUGAUUCGCAAAAAGAUUUUUGGUGAAGAUCAUGCGUGGGUAGCAAAAAGUUAUAACAACUUGGCAUCAGUGUACGACAGCCUGGGAGAAUACAAUCAAGCCAAAGAACUUCACGAAAAAGCACUUGUGAUUCGCAAAAAGAUUUUUGGUGAAGAUCAUGCCUCGGUAGCAACAAGUUAUAACAACUUGGCAUUAGUGUACCACAGCCUGGGAGAAUACAAUCAAGCCAAAGAACUUCACGAAAAAGCACUUGUGAUUCGCAAAAAGAUUUUUGGUGAAGAUCAUGCGUGGGUAGCAAAAAGUUAUAACAACUUGGCAUCAGUGUACGACAGCCUGGGAGAAUACAAUCAAGCCAAAGAACUUCACGAAAAAGCACUUGUGAUUCGCAAAAAGAUUUUUGGUGAAGAUCAUGCCUCGGUAGCAACAAGUUAUAACAACUUGGCAUUAGUGUACCACAGCCUGGGAGAAUACAAUCAAGCCAAAGAACUUCAUGAAAAAGCACUUGUGAUUCGCAAAAAGAUUUUUGGUGAAGAUCAUGCCUCGGUAGCAACAAGUUAUAACAACUUGGCAUUAGAGUACCACAGCCUGGGAGAAUACAAUCAAGCCAAAGAACUUCACGAAAAAGCACUUCUGAUUCGGAAAAAGAUUUUUGGUGAAGAUCAUGCGUGGGUAGCAACAAUUUAUAACAACUUGGCAUCAGUGUACGACAGCCUGGGAGAAUACAAUCAAGCCAAAGGACUUCACGAAAAAGCACUUGUGAUUCGCAAAAAGAUUUUUGGUGAAGAUCAUGCCUCGGUAGCAACAAGUUAUAACAACUUGGCAUUAGUGUACCACAGCCUGGGAGGAUACAAUCAAGCCAAAGAACUUCACGAAAAAGCACUUGUGAUUUGCAAAAAGAUUUUUGGUGAAGAUCAUGCCUCGGUAGCAACAAGUUAUAACAACUUGGCAUUAGUGUACCACAGCCUGGGAGAAUACAAUCGAGCCAAAGAACUUCACGAAAAAGCACUUGUGAUUGGAAAAAGAUUUUUGGUGAAGAUCAUGCCGAUGUAG